AUGGGACCCAUGCAUAAGUCAACGUCGGGCACACGCAAGCACAUUGAACGAAAGAAUGCCACCGGUCCGCGACAUGUCGGCAAUUCAGACUAUAAACGCGACAAGGAGUUAUGGUAUGAGGACGGCAGCAUUAUUCUCACUGCGAGGGGGAUUGGGUUCCGGGUCUACAAAGGCCUACUCGCAGCGCAAUCCGUGGUGUUCCGCUCCCUGUUCAAUGAUACGCAGCCCGAGGAGUUCGACCCCGUGGAUGGCUGUCCCAUAAUACACUUUUCCGAGCACCCUGACGAAUUUCGUCAUCUGUUGUGUGCUCUGAUGAGAGGUCACGGAUUCCUGCGUCGCGAUAUUCCGGUACCAUUCGAGGUCAUCGCGACGCUGGUUCGUCUUGGCGAAGAAUAUGAGAUAUGCGAGCUAUGUGACGCUGCCCUCAACCGCCUAAAGACGCAUUUCACGGACAGCUUCCAUGUAUUCUGCGGCAGGCUGGGUGAUGAGCCUGAGAUUCCUCCUAUGAUUACCAUGCAGGAGAGCGAUGCCAUCGCCGUUGUGAACCUGGCCCGUCUCACGGAGACAGACAACAUGCUUCCUACUGCCUUGUACGGCUGCUGUCAGCUGGACAAGCUCGUCCUCUCGAAAGGCGUCACUCGCUUGGGUGGUACCGUCGAGGCUUUGUCCGAGGAGGACCUAGCACGAUGCAUGGAUGGGAUCGCGCAUCUCGCUUCCCAGAACGCGCACGGACUCCACACCACGUUCUGCCUCCAAACCAGCGAGCAGUGCAGCGACCCACGCAGCUGCACGAAACUGAUCAAGGCGAUUCCCAACGAGAUACUCAAGUGCCAGUCGCUCGCGCGGACGUCCGUCCUCUCCUCAUGGGACAAGUAUAUCGAGGCGGCGAACUUGCUCUGUAAGCAUUGCCAGAAGACAUUGUACGAGAGAGAGCUCGUACGGCGGAGAACGGUAUGGAGAGCGUUGCCAGAGCAUAUGGGAGUCACCGUUGAGGUUUGGGAAGUGAGCGGUGUUGCCAGUGCCAGUUGA